UCAGCCAAUCAUGCGCUGAGUCAUCCACAUUACCCGCGGCCCAUUGGUGCACGAAAUGCGCCAAUCACAGGCCCACGGGCUGAAGCGGCUUCAAACUCGCCCAACCUCAAACCUCCAAACUCUCGCCUUUCCCCCAAACCCUCCCCCUCCACUCCAUCCUCCCUAGCUCUCAGGAUGUUCCUUCAACGCACUGCGUCCGCUAUCGCGCGGCGCUCGCCCGCCCGCGCCUUUACUCUUGCUCAGCGCCCGUUCUCUUCGUCCAUCGUGCGCAGCAACGAGAAGAAGUGGGCUCCCAAGGAUGAGGGCAAGGUCCUUUCCUUCGAGGAGAUCAAGAACGAGGAUGACCUCCUUCCCCCGGGUGCCAAGCCCGGUACCGUCCCGACCGACUUCGUUCAGGCCACCGGUCUUGAGCGUCUCGAGCUUAUCGGAAAGAUGCAGGGCAUUGAUAUCUUCGACAUGCGUCCCCUUGAUGCCUCCCGCAAGGGAACCCUCGAGAACCCCAUCAUUGUCAACGGUGCCGGUGAUGAGCAGUAUGCUGGUUGCACCGGCUUCCCCGCCGACUCUCACCAGGUCAACUGGCUGACCGUCUCCCGCGAGCGCCCCAUCGAGCGCUGCAACGAGUGCGGCAACGUCGUCAAGCUCAACUACGUCGGUCCCGAGGAGGACCCCCACGCUCAUGAUCACGGUCACGGCCACGACCACGGCCACCACCCUCCCCACGAGGAGCCCAAGACCUUCGCCGACUACGUUAAGCCCGAGUACUGGUACCGGUAA